GAUGGUGUCGGAAUUUGGUCCGGUGUUUGGGGUGAUCUGCAUGAUGAUUCUGACGGCGUUUGUAGCUUUCUAGGUUCUUGUUCAAGGUACAACUGAGCACCUUCAUCAUGGUAGAUGUUACAUCCUGCCCACGAAAAGUGGGCAAUGCCAUCUUGUGGUUCUGCCGCCAAACCCGCCAGAAUCUAACAGUCGAGCCAGUCAUGCUGUUUUACAUGUUGGGCAGUUUCCUUCAGUACAGCGCCCUCAUACAGCUGAUGUAUCUCAAACUCUGCCAGAUUGAGUACAACAAUACCGCAGCCUGUCAAAAUCUCACCCAUCAUAAAGACAUGGAAAAGUACACACAAACGGCGGUGUCGAACUGGCUGAUCAUUAUAAAUGCGUUCUUGACUGUGUCGUCAAUUGUAAGUACCCUGUUUUUCGGUGCGUGGUCCGAUCGAGUUGGGAGACGAGUCACUAUCAUUCUUCCCACUAUUGGAUCCAUCAUGAAUGGUAUCGUCAUGAUAUUCUCUGCCACGUAUACAUUAUCAUCGCCGUGGUAUAUUGUAUUGGCAACCGUUCUCAUGGGAUUGUCGGGUAGUUACCCUACCCUCACCACGGCUGUUUUCAGCUACCUAGGCGACGUGACAAAUGCAGACAACAGAACUAUGAGAUUUGGAAUCCUUGAAGCCAUGACGUUUGUUGGUAGCUUCAUCGGGCAUAUAACCGGUGGUGUCGUCAUAGACCAUGUCGGCUACAUUGCAGUCUUUGGUUAUUACAUCGCUUGUAACCUGGCUGUAGUUCUCUACACGGUGUUGUGGCUACGGGAGUCCAGCACGGCUGCAGUCAGUGCUCUCGAUAGUCGGGUGCUCGUUGAUGACAUUGACAGUCAGGUAGAGACUGAGCUAGGAAGACCAGAUAAUACGCAAAAGGGUAUCUGCCAGGAGCUGGUACGCUUUGAGAAUGUGAAGAGUGCACUGAGAGUUCUCACCAAGAAAAGAGAACACUAUGGGAGGCUACAGAUUGUUCUGUUGAUAUUCUGUCUAUUCAUUCUGCAGCUUGUUGGAGAAGGAUUCGGAGAUACCAUCAUAUUGUUCAUCAAGAAAGCACCCUUGGGUUUUGAUGCUUCAACAGUUGGUUUUUAUCAGGGACUUAAGAGUGGUGUAGCUGCUUUGACGCUAAUGAUUGGGAUGCCUCUACUGAGAUUGACCCCGCUGCAUGACACAGUCAUAGCCAUCGUUGCUUUCCUGUUCCGCAGUGGUUCUAUGAUCAUGAUCGCCUUCGCUAGAGACACUACAACGGUUUUCUUGAUGACCAUUCUGUACGCACCGGCUGGUAUCCCAGCAGCCAUUACAAGAUCCCUUCUCUCCAAGAAUGUUGGCACCAAUGAACAAGGUGGAAUGUUUUCCCUAACUGGAGCCAUGGAAACCAUGACAACGUUCCUCUCAUCAGCGCUGUUCAAUGCACUGUACAGCAACACCAAGGAUAUCGUCGGUGGCGGUUUCGUCUUCAUCGUCAUGGCCGUUUUAUUGAUCAUACCAAUGCUGUUGAUGUUGUGGGUUCGAGAUCUUCAGAAGGGAAGCGCAAGAUACAGUCCAUCCGGAGCAUCAGGGGAAGGUAAAGAAGCCUCAGUUCAUGGUGAUACAUAACGUCUCACCCACUCAUCACAGCUCUUGCUUUAAAGCUUGGUUUGGACGUCUUCAGAUAAAAACAGAUAGUGCAACCGUGGAAUCAUCCAGUCUAUGAGAGCCCCGCCUUCUUCAUUAUCCAAAUCAAAAUCAGUGCGCAAUCUUUACAUCAUUGGUGACAAUUUCAUUUAAAAAUGCUUAGCUCUCUAGUUAUGUAGAUUUUGCAAUAUAAAUUAAUAAUAAGAAAUGUUUCCAUUUGGUAAAUCUCACAUUUAAGAAAAUGACAAUCGACAAAUGAUAUGGUAAAGAGCACUUGAGAGCUGUUAAUGUUCUGUAACAUUGUGAGAAACAAGAAACUUUUGAAUCAGUAGUGAAGGCUUUCUAAGGCAUUGAAAGCACACAAUUCUAUGCAACAAGGGUAUAUUGUCUUUCGUUAUUUUCUUGCAACUUUGAUGAAUAAUUGUGCCUCAAUUUUGGAAGGUUUGUAUUUGUAUGCAUAUGUUGGGAUACAACAAGUGAGGAUACUUGUCUUUGGCAAUUAAUGAAAUUGUGCACUGCCUUUAAGCAAUUUUUCUGGUAACCGCCCCUGUGAGAACCUAAGCCUAAUUUUGGGGAACAACAUUUUGAGGAAAACAAAAUACGAUAGAAGUCAUAUCACAUGGCAGAACAUUGUAAUGGUCCUAUACUAUACUACAAAGGCAUUUACAUGUAUAAAGCGCUCUUACAAACAAUUAUUCACAAUGACUUUUGUUUUUAUAAUAAAAUCGGUAAAAUGGAUUUAAUAAAAGUAAUACUUGUAUAUCAGCUUGCUUGGUUUUCAGUUUGUGUAAUUUUUUUUCUAAUAUAAAUUUAUUUUUGGAAUGAUUGCCAUUAAAAUAAUCUGCAGCCAAUAUUUUUAUAAAG